UCAUGGAUGUCUUCCAGAAGUGUUUGGCUAUCGCCAAGGACCCGUGGCAUACCAGUUGGAUAUGUCCACUGCUCCUGCUAGCCGAUGCAGGCCUGACUGCCUUGAUCGUGUGGAAAGUACCNAUGUACGCAACUCUUCGCAGCAAGCAAACACACCUGCAAAACUCAAAUCCUAAUGUGCUUGAAAUCCUAGAUACCGAAAUCGAUUGGACGGCAUAUGUGGAACAGGUUACACAAUAUCUUGCUGGAGAGCGCGACUAUACCAAGAUCCAGGGAGGUACGGGGCCUUUGGUCUACCCCGCGGCCCAUGUCUACAUCUACGAGAUGCUAUAUCGGUUCACCGAUCAAGGAACCAAUAUCCUGUUUGCACAGAUCAUUUUUGGCGUCCUCUACCUCAUGACGCUUGCUGUGAUACCACCCUAUGUGUUUCCAAUGCUCAUCUUGUCCAAGCGCACGCACUCAAUUUUCACGCUGCGUUUGUUCAAUGAUUGCUUUGCUGUCUUCUUUUUCUUCUUGGCCAUCUACUGCUACCAGAAGCGAUGGUGGAUCGGUGGGUCAGUGAUCUACUCGAUCGGUCUGGGAGUUAAGAUGAGUUUAUUGCUUGCAUUGCCUUCUGUCGGGAUUGUGCUUCUGCAAGCAAUUGGUGCGAGUGAUGCAAUCGGCCAUGCUUCACUGAUUGUCUUGAUACAGGUGUGUACUGAACAUGGUAACGCAGGGCCGUAUACUGACGAGACACAGGUUCUAAUUUCGUUACCAUUCACGCUGCACAAUCCACAGGGCUACCUCUCACGAGCAUUCGAGUUCACAAGACAGUUCUUCUUCAAGUGGACAGUCAACUGGCGCUUCGUAGGCGAGGAAACAUUCCUCUCAAAGCGAUUUGCAUUGACCUUGCUGGCUGUUCAUGUUUCUCUACUCGUCCUGUUUUCUACGACCCGCUGGCUGAAGCCUUCAAGGCAAUCUCUCACAGAAAUUGUCAGCUCGAUCUUCAACCCUCCAUCAAAAGCGCAGCAAGCACAGAUCUCGGCGAGAGUGACACCAAGAUUUAUCCUGACGACCAUUCUCUCAGCCAAUGCGAUCGGCAUGCUGUGUGCAAGAUCGCUGCACUACCAGUUUUAUUCUUGGAUUGUGUGGGCGACUCCUGCUCUUCUCUGGCGUGCGGGUUACCACCCAAUCCUCCAGUAUGCAUUGUGGGGAGCGCAAGAAUACGCUUGGAACGUCUUCCCCAGCACUAACUUCAGCUCGAUGGUUGUGGUGCAGGUUCUUGCGGCGACUGUAGCAGGUGUGUGGUAUGGAACAAGAAAGGAGGCCGUUGACACUGUGUCGGAGAAGCACCAGCAUGUAGAG